UUAAUUGUAUUUGAUCUUGAUUUGACCUUCCCUUAAAGUUAACGGAAUUCAAUAAAACCACGUUGUAUAAUGCAAUUGAAACAUAAAAACGAACAUAAAUCAAAGUGCACCAUAAUUUUAUGGCGUCCCAGUCUCAAUAUAAAGCUGUAGCCGGACCUAUGUAUAACGUACGGAUUUUUUUCAUAAUGUCCAUCAUUCUUCUCGUAUUAAUGGCAGAGUUCGUCGUAGCAAGAAUCCCGUCCAAGGGCAGCCUCCGCGUGUAUGAGGGAGAACACGACGUCGAGAGCGAAUUCGGCUUCACCGUCAGUCUCCAGUACACGAAAAACAAACUCCGAUUCUGCACUGGAAGCCUUUUGGACAACAACUGGGUUAUUACCACGGGCCACUGUGUAGAAAACCGCACACCUUACGACAUGACGAUCAGAUAUGGAGACUUUACUCUACUCGAAACUGAUAAAGUGGCAAAAGUGUUCCGAAUAAUCAUACACCCUAAUUAUUCUCACAUCCACGGAUUCAAUGAUAUCGCAAUGCUAAUGACAGAAAGAAUUCCCGGAAAACCGUCCGUGUCAAUCCUGGCACUGGAUUAUAAAACGUUGUUUGGACUGCCGGUCACGUUCGCCGGUUUCGGAAGAACAUCGUUGGAACUGAGGCCGAAAACCCAUGAUCAGCUUUUAGAAGAGCAGCAGAUUCCGCUGCAAGUCGGCAAAGGUGUAGUGAUCCCGUGCCAGUCUUACGAGUCGUUUAAGUAUAGUGCGCUGUGUGUAGCUCCGAGGUGUAGGAGUCGCCAACAGGCACGCUCGGGCGACGCCGGGGGCCCACUGCUGUACAAAGGCCGGAUCAUCGGGAUCCAGAGGUCCAUCUUGACUAAACACAACCUUUCCAUAACGAAGUAUAUACCCCUUUCUAUAUACGUCGCUUGGAUUCGGAACAUAAUGAAGACUGUGGCAAGUCCUAGUAAAACAUAUUAAUUAUGAU